GUUUAUCAGCCCCGCAUCUGCUCGUGUGCUGGAGCCUUGCCUGUGACCCGUUUGAUUGUGUUACCACAGCCAUGGUCGUCUCAUCUGAUCAUUCAUCUUUACCUGACAAUGUGAUCCAUCUCGACGACAAUACGGCAAGUUGACCACCAUCAUGGACACACCGAGCCCACUACCAGGCUCAUAUCUGCCUGCCAACGAUACCACCUUUCGAUGCACGACCUUCAAUUCCUCACUUUUCCUUCCUCCGUCGCAGGAUCGAUCUCAGUCGCCUGCAUCUUCGAGCCUAUCACAGACUUUCCGCGCGCGCACAUCUUCGCAAUCGAGCUCUCGAAAGAGGCCACGCUUAGACCCUACCUCCCGUCGUGACACCCUCAGUCCACCGCCGCUGGCCAACACGAAUUACCGCAUCGCAGGAGGCUUAGACACUCCAACAGCCCUCGACGUACACAGAGAGGAAGAUGCAGAUCGAUACGCAUUCGAGACGGACUGCCGGCCAAAUAGGUACACGCACAUGCAGAAACAAGAGAAACCAUCGGCACAGACCGAUUCAUACUUUCCGCAAACACCUGCCUCGAUUGAGUCUACACAUGGAAAUGGAAAACGCAGAUUAUCCAGAUCCCCUAACCAGAACGGAUGGAGCAAGACCGUCUGGGCUCUGACAGGCGGCAUUGCCGGCAAGGUCAUCAACUUCUGCUGGAACAACACGUUCAAAGGGUUCCAUGCGGGUGGUGGGAAUGGCUAUAACUUUGACCUGGUUACGCCAGGUGUGUCUUCAUCGAGCGUCUGGAUUGAAGCCGGGUCGAAAGAAGAUGUUUUUCAGCACAGCUACAGUGCCGAGUCUCGAAAUUACGGAGACCGGACGCCCGUUCCAGGUGGCUUUCCUGAGGACCAAGACUUCCCAUCAAGUUUCAGCGCAGCCCGGACGAGAAGCUUUGACCGGCGGAAUGACUGGGUGAUUGUCGAUGACCCUGAUCAGGAUAGAGACGCAAGUCCAGUGCGCAAGAAGUCCAGAGCUAGCACGGCCAGCUUACACGCGAGACAACCUUCCCGGCAGGCGAGCAGCCAGAAACUAUCGCGUCCAAGACUGGCCUCGAGGACGUCGGCGUCAUAUGCUUCUCCACGGUCUUUGUCCGUAUCGGUCUCUUCCAAACCUCAGCAUCAACGGUCUGUGUCGUCCUUUGAUGGAAACGCUAAUGCGUCAAGACCAACUAGCAGAGCGUCAAUGGCGUCUCCUCGUCGGCAAUCGUCGCAAGUGAACGUGCCUCAGCCAUCGCCUGAAGUUCGCAAAUUUGAGCAAAAGCUGCGUAGGAAGGAAGCCAAGCAGGAUCACACGAUGAACCGAUUCAAUGCGCAGUUGCAGGCCAUGAUUCUUGAAGGUCAACAGGCAUUAGGAUCCAAGGUCGAGGUUGUCGAUGACGCUGGAGUCGACGUGGAUGAAGAUGAAGGCUAUGGAGAGGGCAGUGGAGUCAAAGGCUGCGAGAGGGAGUAUUCUAGAUCAACCGUGUGGUCUUAAGGGAAGCAGUUGGGCUCGAGAAUGCUGGUUCAACUUGGAGAGCAUGAAGCUUCUGAAAAUUCGACUGCUAGGCGGAGUUGAAGGAUGAAAACUUGGUGAGAUCAUGCUGGGCAAACUUGUGGAGCUUGAUGUGCUGGCUUUAUGACGAUUGUAUAUCAGGAUACCCUUCAUUCUCUGAUCCGGACACUUUGGUACAGGCACGACAUUUCUUCUUCGUUCAUGUACAUAAAUCAUUCGUCUUCAUCAACUCGUAAAUUCGUU